GUGACCGACUAGUAAGUACCGAACCUUCCGACGCUUGUCCACGUUGUUGCUGGCUCACCGCUGUCCAAUUUCUUAUUUUUUCUGUAUUAAGAAAUUGAUUAAGUCGGCCAGAAAUCAAUUCUAUUAUGGCUACCUAUAAAGAUACAAUGAAACCUGGAGUUGAAGAAAGUCAAAAUUGGCUGAAUCAUCGAAUUCGCAUUACUCUUACAAGCUUAAAUGUUAAAAGCUUAGAAAAAGUUUGCAAUGAUCUCAUCAAGGGUGCUAAGGAAAAGGAAUUAAAGGUUAAGGGACCAGUGCGUAUGCCAACCAGAGUCUUACGCAUCACUACCAGAAAAUCACCCUGCGGAGAAGGUUCCAAGACUUGGGAUCGAUUCCAGAUGAGAGUUCACAAGCGUAUCAUUGAUUUACACAGCCCUUCUGAAAUUGUCAAGCAAAUCACAUCCAUCAGUAUUGAACCUGGUGUGGAAGUUGAAGUCACCAUUGCCGAUGUCUAAAUUUUAAUGGACUGAAAAGCAAAUAAAGUUCUUUCUUGCAUAAA